UCUGCUGAAGAUGAACACGCCCUAUAACUGGGAACCAAGACAUCAGGAAGCCAUGGAACAGCUAAAACAAGCACUCACGUCCGCACCAGUACUCAUCUUGCCAAACCCCGAACGCGACUACAUCAUCGAAGCUGUUACCAGCGACCAGGCAGUGGGAGCAGUCUUGAUGCAAGACCAGGGGAAUGGACUGCAACCAAUUGCCUACCUCAGCAAAAAAUUACACGGGGCAGAACUCAACUACUUAAUACACGACAAAGAGGCCCUUGCUAUCAUCAUCGCCUUCAAAACGUGGAGAUGUUAUCUCAAAGGACGCAAAACAACAGUCUACACCGACCAUUGCAGCCUAAAAUAUUUGAAAACGCAACCAAGCCUCUCCAGACGACAGGUUCGGUGGAUCGACUUCUUCAAGACGCACUUCCACUAUGACAUCGUGUACAAGCCUGGCCAUAAAAACAAAGCAGAUGUGCUUAGCCGGCCUGCACACCGACAUCCGCUACAGUGGGACAACGAUAUCGCGUACCAGAAAGGAUCUACGAAAAUCUGGGUACCUAAUUACCCUCCAUUGCGCCAGUUACUACUGGAAGAAUACCAUGACGUCCUGUACGCAGGACACUUCGGUAGCAACAAGACGGUCACCGGUAUCGCCAAACACUACUACUGGCCCCACAUUUUAGAUGACGUGCAGAAAUUCGUCACCUCAUGCCCUACAUAUCAGCGGAUGAAGAGCAGCAAGCAAAAAAAGGCGGGUCUACUAGAGCCUCUUCCUGUCCCAGAACAGCCAUGGCAAGUGGUCAGCCUAGACUUCAUUACCGGGCUACCAACUACCACAAGCGGUCAUGACGCGAUCCUCACCGUCAUUGACAAGUUCUCCAAAAUGAGACACUUCAUCUCGACACACACGACAACACGCACCGAAGAGACAGCACAACUCUUUGUUCGCUACAUCAUUUCACAACAUGGCAUUCCAGCCACACUCAUCUCAGACCGAGACCCUAAGUUCACCAGUAAAUUCUGGAAAGAACUGAUGUCUUUACUCGGAACCAAACUCGCCAUGUCAUCUGCAUACCAUCCGCACACAGACGGACUGACCGAGCGUUUUAACCAAAUUGUAGAGCAACUACUGCGAGCAGCCUGCAAGGACAAAAUCUCCAAAUGGGACUUGCAUCUGCCCGUACUGGAGUUUGCCUACAACAAUGCUACUCACUCCGCUACUGGACAGACGCCAUUCUUCCUCUGUUAUGGACGCCACCCACUCACACCUCAACAGCCAAACAUACCAGCCACAAGGUGAUGGUGGACUCUCUGCUUAGCCUGGA